GGCAGUCAAACCAAGCGCUGGAAGCGCUGCGCAGCCGAGGCACGUAUACGCGAGCUGUGGCCGGCGCCCACGCAGCGAAACAACCGCAGCCGGCACGCAGGAAGCGGUAGGAACCGUGUGCGGCAGCCCCGCGGUUACGGGGCAGCCCAUAGCGCAAACACCACUACUUGCUGCCAAAUAGACACCGACGAUGAGCGACGCCCAGAUCGAGGCGGCCGCGCGCAACCUCGAGACGACGGCGAAGAUCGACCAGUUCAGCAGCAUCCUGUUCGGCGCCGUCGCGCCCGAGGGCGAGCCGCGGGAAGCGCUCGCGGCGCUCGUGACCUAUGCGCGCGAUCGGGAAGCCGAGGCCGAGAGGCACACGAAAUUGCUCGAAGAGCAGCGCGCCCAGAUUUUGGAUAUGGAGGACCAGCUCGAGCAAGCGUCCCCGAACAACAAACCACCAAACUCGCCGCCCGGCGUGGAAUACGUCUCCGAGCUCGAAGACAUGGUCGAGUUACUGGAAGCCGAGAACCAGAAGCUGCUGGACAAGGCGCAGAGCCGGCGGAAGGCCCUGAAGGAAGCUCAGGCGGAGCUCGCGAAGACGCAAGAGGCGCUGGACGCGUCGCGGACCGAAGCGGAGCGCGCCAAGCAAGAUUUGGUGAUGGCCCGGGACGAGCAAGCUCGCCUGCGGAAGACGCUUACCACGAAAGAGCAACAUAUAGAGGAGCUUGAGGAAGAGCUCGUGGUGAUUGACGAGGAGUUGCGGGAAGCGCGGAGUGAGGGGGCUGUCACCGCGUCGGCGGUCUUCGCGGCCAAGGCAUCGGGCCAGCCUUUGUCUUCACUCGCGUCGACGCCGGCGACGACACCCGCCCAAACGCCGAUGAAGGCACCACCCGAGCUCGACGUGCAGUCCGGUGGAAGUUCAGACGACGACUCCGACGCCGAGCACCUCCUGUCGCCGGGGCCCGACGCGCUGGGCGCGGUCGGUUGCGCGUCGCCGGCGGUUUUGAUGGAGAAACUGGACGUGAGCGACGACGAGUCGGAGGACGAAAGGAUGGCGGCGCCCGUGGCCCAUAGACCAGUGCCAGCGCCGCCUCCAGACUCCCCGGAUGAUGAUCAUGUAGACUUUCGAUCAACGAUGUCGGCGCGCAUUGCCGCGGCGCGGGCGGCGGCAGGACGAGGCGUGGGCACAAAUGGGCGAAUGCGCCCCAUUCGGGACCGACGAGGGCCGUUCCGCAAAUCGAUCACCGUGGCGCGGUCGCCGCCCGCGUCGCCGGGCGGAAUUGACAUGGAGGAGGAGGACGGGUUGUGGAAGAGAGCGAAAUCGCCUCCUCCAGCCUAUGUGAGCGCUGCGCCGCGCAUCGUCAAUACGAGUCGAGAGCACUUCUAAGAAAAACAACUAGUC